CGCCCGCGGGGCCCGGCGGGAGCCGGACCGCAGGGGCACCCCACGGGGCAUGCACUUAGGGCGCCUUACUCGUGCUGCCCAGAACCAGGCCCGCUGUGGCCGGAGCCCAUGAGCACCAUGCGUCUGCUGACACUCGCCCUGCUUUUCUCCUGCUCCUUCGCCCGCGCCGCCUGCGACCCCAAGAUCGUCAACAUCGGUGCGGUGUUGAGCACGCGCAAGCACGAGCAGAUGUUCCGCGAGGCCGUGAACCAGGCCAACAAGCGGCACGGCUCCUGGAAGAUCCAGCUCAACGCCACCUCGGUCACCCACAAGCCCAAUGCCAUCCAGAUGGCCCUGUCGGUGUGUGAGGACCUCAUCUCCAGCCAGGUCUAUGCCAUCCUAGUUAGCCACCCACCUACUCCCAAUGACCACUUCACUCCCACGCCUGUCUCCUACACAGCUGGCUUCUACCGCAUCCCCGUCUUGGGGCUGACCACCCGCAUGUCCAUCUACUCAGACAAGAGCAUCCACCUGAGCUUCCUGCGCACCGUGCCGCCCUACUCGCACCAGUCGAGCGUUUGGUUUGAGAUGAUGCGCGUCUACAGCUGGAACCACAUCAUCCUGCUGGUCAGCGAUGACCACGAGGGCCGGGCUGCGCAGAAGCGGCUCGAGACGCUGCUGGAGGAGCGCGAAUCCAAGGCAGAAAAGGUGCUGCAGUUCGACCCUGGGACCAAGAAUGUGACAGCCCUGCUGCUGGAGGCUCGAGAGCUGGAGGCCCGGGUCAUCAUCCUCUCUGCCAGUGAGGACGACGCUGCCACCGUCUACCGCGCGGCUGCGAUGCUGAACAUGACGGGCUCGGGGUACGUGUGGCUGGUGGGGGAGCGCGAGAUCUCAGGGAACGCCCUGCGCUAUGCGCCCGACGGCAUCAUCGGGCUGCAGCUCAUCAAUGGCAAGAAUGAGUCAGCCCACAUCAGUGACGCGGUGGGCGUGGUGGCCCAGGCGGUGCACGAGCUGCUGGAGAAGGAGAACAUCACCGACCCCCCGCGGGGCUGCGUGGGCAACACCAACAUCUGGAAGACCGGGCCGCUCUUCAAGAGGGUGCUGAUGUCUUCCAAGUAUGCAGACGGAGUGACUGGCCGUGUAGAAUUCAAUGAGGACGGGGACCGGAAGUUUGCCAACUACAGCAUCAUGAAUCUGCAGAACCGCAAGCUGGUGCAAGUGGGCAUCUACAAUGGCACCCACGUCAUCCCUAAUGACAGGAAGAUCAUCUGGCCAGGUGGAGAGACUGAGAAGCCUCGAGGGUACCAGAUGUCUACCAGACUAAAGAUCGUGACCAUCCACCAGGAGCCCUUCGUGUAUGUGAAGCCUACACUGAGCGAUGGGACGUGCAAGGAGGAGUUCACAGUCAACGGAGACCCAGUCAAGAAGGUGAUCUGCACGGGGCCCAACGACACGUCUCCAGGCAGCCCACGUCACACGGUGCCUCAGUGCUGCUACGGCUUCUGCAUUGACCUGCUCAUUAAACUGGCAAGGACCAUGAACUUCACCUAUGAGGUGCACCUGGUGGCAGACGGCAAGUUCGGCACACAGGAACGGGUGAACAACAGCAACAAGAAGGAGUGGAAUGGGAUGAUGGGCGAGCUGCUUAGCGGGCAGGCGGACAUGAUUGUGGCACCGCUGACCAUCAACAAUGAGCGUGCACAAUACAUCGAGUUUUCCAAGCCCUUCAAGUACCAGGGCCUGACCAUUCUGGUCAAAAAGGAGAUACCCCGUAGCACACUGGACUCGUUCAUGCAGCCCUUUCAGAGCACACUGUGGCUACUGGUGGGGCUGUCAGUGCACGUGGUAGCUGUGAUGCUCUAUCUGCUGGACCGCUUCAGCCCUUUUGGCCGGUUCAAGGUGAACAGUGAGGAGGAGGAGGAGGAUGCUCUGACCCUGUCUUCUGCCAUGUGGUUCUCCUGGGGCGUGCUGCUCAACUCCGGCAUUGGGGAAGGUGCCCCCAGAAGUUUCUCCGCACGCAUCCUGGGCAUGGUGUGGGCUGGCUUUGCCAUGAUCAUUGUGGCCUCCUACACUGCCAACCUGGCGGCUUUCCUGGUCCUGGACCGACCGGAGGAGCGUAUCACAGGCAUCAACGACCCUCGGCUCAGGAACCCCUCGGACAAGUUCAUCUAUGCUACUGUGAAGCAGAGCUCGGUGGACAUCUACUUCCGGCGGCAGGUGGAGCUGAGCACCAUGUAUCGGCACAUGGAGAAACAUAACUAUGAGAGUGCAGCUGAGGCCAUCCAGGCCGUGCGGGACAACAAACUCCAUGCCUUCAUCUGGGACUCAGCGGUGCUGGAGUUCGAGGCUUCGCAGAAGUGUGACCUGGUGACCACUGGCGAGCUGUUCUUCCGCUCUGGCUUCGGCAUCGGCAUGCGCAAGGACAGCCCCUGGAAGCAGAAUGUCUCCCUGUCUAUUCUCAAGUCCCAUGAGAAUGGCUUCAUGGAAGACCUGGACAAGACUUGGGUUCGGUACCAGGAAUGCGACUCGCGCAGCAAUGCCCCUGCGACACUCACUUUUGAGAACAUGGCAGGGGUCUUCAUGCUGGUGGCUGGAGGCAUCGUGGCUGGGAUCUUCCUGAUUUUCAUUGAGAUCGCCUACAAACGGCACAAGGAUGCCCGAAGAAAGCAGAUGCAGCUGGCCUUCGCCGCAGUGAACGUGUGGAGGAAGAACCUGCAGGAUAGAAAGAGUGGUAGAGCAGAGCCUGACCCUAAAAAGAAAGCCACAUUUAGGGCUAUCACCUCCACCCUGGCAUCCAGCUUCAAGAGACGUAGGUCCUCCAAAGACACGAGCACCGGGGGUGGACGCGGCGCUUUGCAAAACCAAAAAGACACAGUGCUGCCGCGACGCGCUAUUGAGAGGGAGGAGGGCCAGCUGCAGCUGUGUUCCCGUCAUAGGGAGAGCUGAGACGCCCCGCCCGCCCUCCUCUGCCCCUCCCCCGCAGACAGACAGACGCGGGACAGCGGCCGGCCACGCAGAGCCCCGGAACACGACGGGGUCGGGGGAGGAGCACCCCCAGCCUCCCCCAGGCCGCGCCUGCCCGCCCGCCGGUCGGCCGGCUGGCCGGUCUACCCUGUCCCGGCCCCGCGCGUGUCCCCGGCAUCAGGGCUAACGGCCGCCUUGUCUGUGUAUUUCUAUUUUGCAGCAGUACCAUCCCACUGAUAUCACGGGCCCGCUCAACCUCUCAGAUCCCUCGGUCAGCACCGUGGUGUGAGGCCCCCGGAGGCGCCCACCUGCCCAGUUAGCCCGGCCAAGGACACUGAUGAGUCCUGCUGCUCGGGAAGGCCUGAGGGAAGCCCACCCGCCCCAGAGACUGCCCACCCUGGGCCUCCCGUCCGUCCGCCCGCCCUGCUGCCUGGCGGGCAGCCCCUGCUGGAUCAAGGUGCGGACUGGAGCGGCUGAGGACAGGCCGAGCUGAGCCGGCUGGGCAGGGCCACAGGGCGCUCCGGCAGAGGCAGGGAUCUGCCCUGGGGGCUCUGAGCAUUGGGGCGAGGGGCCUAAGUGGCCCCAGGCAGAGGGGCUUGGGGCAGAGAUGGCAGCCCCAUCCUUACCCCCAGUCACCACCCUAAGCCACAGGGGGGCCCAUGGCCCCAGCUGGCUGAGUCUCCCCUCCUCCAGCUUCUGCUCUCUGCAGCCUAACUCCACCCCUCUCCUCUUUUUUGCUGCACCUCCCCCCACACCCCUCCCCCCCACCCCGACCCCAUUCGCUGGGCUGGCCCUGCCCUUCCCCACAAUUAUCCCUGACUCCCCAGCUGGCAGCGUCACCCAGGGGCUUUUGGGGCACCCCGAUGCCUCGGGCCUCCUUCAGACUCAGGGUUGAGCCUUCUGUUGACCUGCAGCCCACGGUGGGCCCCAGAUGCUGGCUCCUACAAUCUUCUACCCUGCUCCGCACCUAGGGCACAGGGAGCGCCACCAGCCUGCCCUCCCCUUCGCUUCGGGUGUGUCACGCGCCUGCCACCAUGUACAGACCAGCCUUCCUAGUGUCUGAGCGCGUGUCUUUUCCCUGUGUGGCCCGUGCGCAGUUGCGCGCUGCCCCUCUGCCCCAGGGGCCCCGGUGUGCCCCUCGCCGUGUGCAGUGGUGAUGCCUAAAGGAAUGUCACGAAACUUUC